AUGCUAUGUGGUAUUUGUGAGAAAGACAAUAAUGAAAAGACAGUGCAGGUGACUUUGAAAGGUUUAGUGAAAGCAAGUAAAAUUCGCGGGGAUGCUACGGACAUUCCUGGAAAACCUUCAGUGAUAUGUUUAAAGAAUAAUUGUGAAAAACUUGUUUCCGAUGAGUGGUUAAAACAAAGGGAUAGUAGAAACAAUACACCUGAAGAAGAACUUGUUUCCAUUCUAAAGGCAACCGCCCAAAUAUUAAAAGAGGACAUUAGGGGAAUGGUUACUAAUUUGGAUGAGUAUCCUUCUUGCGAUGAUAUCAAAACAGGUGGAAAUUCAUUUUUUCCUAAUUCACUUGACGUUUUCUUUGAGGAGUUGGUCCUAAAAGGCAGGAAAAGUCCACUAUAUCAGACUAAAGUGUCUGCAAUGAAAAACUUUAUUAUCUCUUUGUUCUACAAAACACCUGCCAAAAGCGGACUUUGUCGUAUUAAAAUGGAAUCCAUUCAAGAGGAACCAAAUGCUGAAAAUGAACGUUUACCGGUACUUCUAGACACUCUGUGGCUAACUGAGUGGCUACAAGAUCACAACCCCUUCAAAUGUUCAGAGCUUUUGUCUAUUUCAACAGGAAUUAUUGCUUCUCCUGAUGUUAAUUGUGAUAAAGCUCAGGAAAUCGGAGAAGUCAUUUUCAAUAGUCACAUUGAGAAACAUUUUACUGAUAUUCAGUAUGGUAAUCUAAGAAAAGGAACAAAAUCUCAACUUCUUCAGGAGCUUGAUAAGAUCUAUAAGCCAGAAAGUAUGCCCGACUCAGACACUGUUUAUGUUAUAGAUGGAGGAUUUCUGCUACACAAAGUCUCAUGGCAAAAACCAGCCUCAUAUAAUGACAUCUUCCUUCAAUAUGUAAAUUAUGUUAUUCACAACUAUAACAAGGAUUGUGUCAUAGUCUUCGACGGCUACACGAAAGAGGUUAUAUCAACCAAAGAAAGUUUACAACGAUGCAGAUCAAAGGGAAGCAUAGAAAUUUCCAUCCAUGCCCAAGCUUCGGUAAUUAUACCACAAGUGGAUUUUUUCAAGAACAGUCAAAAUAAGACACAGUUUAUAAAUAUCCUUCGAACCUACUUUGAAGACGUAGGUAUAACUGUGCAUCAAGCACCCAGGGAUGCUGAUUAUCUUAUUACAAUGACAGCAGUAGAACUAUCCAUGAUAAAAAAACACGUCACAGUUGUCUCAGAGGACACCGAUAUAAUGGUUUUGCUUAUACAUCAUGCAAAAAAUAAAAAUAUAUCCAUGCUUCGCCCAGGGAAAGCAGCAAAAGAUUCAAGAAUGGAUUGGCAACAACUUGGACCCUCUGCAAUACGGGUGGAAGAAAAAUAA